AUGGAGCACCCUAUAAAAGAUGGGUUCCUGUAUAUUCAACACCCGAAAUUUGGGAAGAAGACUUGGCGGAAAGUAUGGGUCCAACUUUUUGCUGACAGUCCCUUUGGUGUUGCCCGUCUUGAGUACUUUGAAGCACGUGAUGGUGGUGCAGCCGGAAAAGCAACCCUGAGGAAAGGGGAACGUAAAGUGAUUCGCCUCUCGGACUGUGUCUCUGUGGAAAGAGCUGAAGAUCAGAGCUCCCCCAAGGAGACAGUGCCUUUCUACUUGUGCAUGCUGGAACGCAACUGGAUGUUCGCAGCAGAUCAGCCAAACGAAUGGAUUGAAUUCAUCUGCCAACUAGCUUUUCAGAAAAGACCUUCCCAAUCCAGUCCAGUUGGAAACACCUCAAGCCCUCAACUCCUAAUGGAGGAGAAUUCCAUCUACUCAUCCUGGAAGGAAAUUUGUGAGUUCCCGGUGAGUGUGUUCCCAACAGAGGCUUCUGCAAGAUGUCAAUUGAAAGGGAACUACCUGAUGGUCUCUUUACCUGAGCAGCUGGUCCUGAAGGAUGUGCAGUCUGGACAAAUACAAUAUAACUGGCCUUAUACCUUCCUCCGGAGGUUUGGCCAGGAAAAGAGUUCCUUCUCUUUUGAGGCAGGUCGCCGCUGUGAUUCGGGAGAGGGCGUCUUCACUUUUAAUACUUCACAGGCUGCGGAAAUAGGCAAAGCUGUCUCCGCUGCAAUAGAGCACCAGAAGGCCAUCCUUAUGGAGGACAACAAGAAAGGUGGGGUUUCUCAAGCUCAGGACUGUAUGCAGAAAGCCGGGCUAAGGUCAUGGGCCUCCAGCACACAGAGUAUGGACGAAAUGCAACCACUUCCAAAGGGGAGCAUGGAAAUUAACCUCUCUAGCGAAAACCACUCCCCAGAGCUCGAGACUCCCGAACCGCCCAUCAUCUACGCUUCCAUUGGCAAGAGCUUUCCUCUCAUGUUCCAGCCUUGGGGUAAGACAGAGGCGGAAUCCCAAAGGCAAGGAGCACAGCUCUCAGACCAUCUCUACGAGAACCUGCACGAUCUGGAGCAGCGAGCCUCUGCCUCAGAAUGUCUUGGCUUCAGCUACGGAGACUCCCCUGAGGGCAGCAAAAACAAUGACCAAUUGUCCAUUUAUGACAGUCCUAAAACACCCAAGCGCUUGAGCGGCCAUUUUGUCUCAAGCGCAAGGGCGGACUCCUCUCCGGACAGACAGUGUCCAUCUCAUCCGCUAGACAGUCAGGAGGCUGCGAGUGGAGGUGAAAGGAGUGGUAGGCCCAAGGGAAGAGGUGCGUUCAGACACAAGCUGGUUACCAUGCUCAGCAGAGAUGGAUGUGGUGGUAAAAAUAAGAACUCUAAUCAGGUGGACAAGCCUUAAUAAACUGCUCCAGCUGAGAGAUCAAUUCCCAAGGCCUGAUGUUCUUCUGAUCUGCAUAUCUUUUAUUUUCUUUCUCUUGCCUCAUAGCCAUAACCUCCAAGCAGGGAUAAUCUAUGCAUGGUGAUGGUUUGGGUAGAGGUAAAAUCCUCCAGGCCUAUUCUGUUCCUUGAAGGCUAAGUGGAUAUCUAAUUGUUUUUGUUUUACAAUACCAUGAUCAAUAAUAACAUUUGUUAUCUCAA